UGUAUACGGAUCGAAUAGUUCGAUAGUCGAUUAAUUAAAAAAAUUGCAAAUAAAAUGAAGUUCCUGUUAGUCGUAGUACUUAUAACAAUUUUAACAAAUUCAAAAGUUUUAGCAAAACAACUCGAAUGUUACGAAUGCACCGGAGAUGAAUGCAAUGAUGAGGCAACUAUUCGAGUCGUUAAUUGCAAUGAUGAUUCAAUUACAACGACUAGCGCAACAACACAGACAUCCAGAUCAACGACAACAACCACACAAUCGACUUGGACGAUCCCAACAUCUAGUGGAACUACGGAAACAACAACGACACCCAAUUCACCAGAGCCAACGUCAAGUGAAACAACACCAUUGACCACGGACAAACUUCCACAAUCUGAGGAAACAACAGAUGGCUCUCCUGAAUCAAACGCCUUAAAAAACGGGGAGUAUUCCUCGGCGAAACUUCGAACCAUCACACGUAGACGCCGCGACGCUGAUGAUGGGUUUGUCUGCUAUACGAUGAAAUAUAAAGAUGGCGAAGCCACCAAAAUCCAAAAAGGAUGCACAAAAAAAUCAGAGAGCGGUAAUGCUUGUGCAGAUGUUUCGCUUCCAGCAAACACUACUCCUUUAAACUGUGACAUAUGUCCAGAGCCAAAAUGUAAUUCAAGUCCUGCCAUCGCAUUCUCUAUUCUGCUGACACCAGUGGUUGUAUUCAUUAGUUUCAUUUUAAAUUAUUAA